AUGGCAGACCCUGAACCACAACAAGACACGUGCCAGUCCGCCAAAGACUCCAUCAAGUUUUCCAUCAAGAACCUGCUCAGCAUCGACAACAGCGACAAGUCCACCAGGCCCAGAAGCUUCUUAGAGGGCAGCUUCUUCUCCCGGAUAGCUGAUUUGUCUCUACCCCGUCUAGAGUUGCCCUCACAGCGGAUCGGGCUGUCCUCAGCAUCCCCUUGGUGGUAUCCUUACACGCUGGGUGCUCAUCUCAAGACAGCAGGUUCAGUGAAAGAUCAACUGUUGCUGCACGACAGACCCUUGCCUGAUCUCCUCAAAAGUGAGCAGGACACCAAAGAGGAAAGCGCGGAAGACGAGGACAGUGACCCUGAGGAACCAAAGAAGGACUCCGAGCGUACAGAAGACGACUGGAGAAAGAAGCCCGACGAUUCUGACGGGAAGCCGUGCAGGAAGAAGAAGACCCGAACUGUGUUCUCCAGGAGCCAGGUGUUCCAACUGGAAUCCACCUUCGACAUAAAGCGGUACCUGAGCAGCUCGGAGCGCGCAGGACUGGCUGCCUCGCUGCACCUGACCGAAACCCAGGUGAAGAUCUGGUUCCAGAACCGAAGGAAUAAGUGGAAGAGACAGCUGGCCGCCGAACUGGAGGCGGCCAACCUGAGCCACGCUGCGGCGCAGAGGAUCGUGCGGGUUCCCAUCCUGUACCACGACAACGGGGCUCCGGAGACCAGCGGGAGUGCAGUGGGGAGCUCCCCCAACAGUCAGGCGGCCAUCCUGGCCCUUUCUCACCACAUGUACUACCCCCAUCCGGUACCCUUACUGAGGCCUAUUUAA